GCCCUCAAUACCCAUCCGACCCAGCCAGUCAGUUCACAAAGCCUACCUUUCAUUCAAAUCUCAGAUGGCUUCCGCCCCAGAGUUCCUGAUCCGAGAUGCCGGGAUCGUAGAAGACGACGACCAGUUCGUUGUGGCAGCCUUCGACGCAGCCAUCCCGUAUUUAACCUCGAUCGGAAGUCAUGAGCAGUGGGGGACAACUCCCUUUUCGCACCGCAAAGGAUGGGUUGACGAAACUGUACAGCAGAUAAAAGAUUCAAAGAGCUCUGCCCGCCAGAGCGACAACAAUAAGAACGGCGUUCUACGUAUCUUCAUCGUCGAGAAAGAGUGCAAUGCAGACGGUCCAGAGUGUUUCGAUCCUCGCUUGGUGCAUUAUCGAGUCUCAUCCGACCGUCGAAGAUAUCUCUCUGUUGGCUUUGCGUUCGUUCGGGAGAACUGGAUCCCAAGCUAUAUCGAGUCGCAGAAACAUCUCCAGAUACCAGAAUCUGAGCGGGAGAGCAACAUCUAUCUCGAAGUCAUGGUUACGGAUUGUCGGGUCGGUUCAUUACGCCGCGGAGCGGGAAGUGCUUUAAUCCAGGGGAUUCGAGAUUAUGGUCGCAAGAAGCAGAAGAAGGCUUUCUGGUUGGAUGGAUGGGCGGGGAAUGAUAAGAAGCUCAUUCGUUACUAUGAGCAUCAAGGCUUCCAGGUGGUCAGAGACUUUGGUCUGCCAAGAGCCAAUCAGGCGCCAUGGGCAGGGACGCUGAUGCGGAUGGAUAUUUAAAUCCAGUAUUUCCCGACAAGCCAAGAAUCAUGUAUUCAGCCUUGUAUCAUCUCGGAGAAAUUAAAGGCGUUUCGGAUUCACUGGAGAGAUGCAUCAAACCCUCCAAUCGGGGCAACCGUGCAAGCAAAGUGUGGAGAGUCGGACGCCAGCAGAUUUCCCGAAAAAAGAGGGACAACUCC